AUGGGAGCUGUGGGAGGAGUUUUUCCUGCACAUGGUAUGCCACUGUUCCGUGCCAGCCAUGAGGAUUACAAACCGUUUCACAGCUUCUCCUGGCUGGAACAUAUAGGCCAUGACCAUACCUACAACAACCAGCCUUUGUCCUCAUCAUCUUCUCCCGCUCGGAGGAGGAUGCCCUCAGAACCGACCAAAUCUGCUGUCAGACAUGAGAAAGACAGGCCAAAUCACCGCUCCUCUUCCAGUCUGGUUUCAGAAGCUAAAAUCCAGAACAGAGAUGAACAGCGAUCACAAGCCCUCCGGAUCCCUUUCUUGUAUGAUCUCAUUGUCAACAUGCCAGUGGAGGAGUUUAACGACCUGCUGACCAGCUACCAACUCAGCAAGGAGCAGCUGACCCUCAUCAGGGACAUACAACGGCGUGGAAAGAAUAAGAUCGCUGCACAGAACUGCAGGAAGAGGAAGCAAGAUGUUCUGCUUACAUUAGAAGAUGACUUGAAAGCACUGAGAACCCACCAGUCACAGUUGCUAAAUGAAAAACAGAACAGCUUUAUGCAUUUGCAGGACAUGAAGAGUAGAUUUGGAAUGUCGUACCAGGAAAUCUUCUCCAAGCUGAAGGACGAUGAUGGGAGACCACUGGAUGCUAGAGAAUACAUGCUUUGUUUUAGACCUAACGAUACAGUCACCGUGGUUUCACUGAGAGCAAAUCACAACAGCAAUAAACAUAGAGAUAUAAAGAAGAGCAGGUGAAUAUGCCAGAAGAACUGAGUAGGUUAAACCCCUGGCAAGAUAAACUUUCAACAAGGACUUGCAUGAGAAACAACUUGGGAAUUAACAAAAUUCCACAAAAAACUCAAAAACCAGGAAUUUAAAUUUGUUACACAUCCAAACCUAACCCAGUUCACAUCCUCUAGGCUUUUUUGUUACAAAGAUAAUGAUGAGUUAAACAUAAAUCAAAGAUAAAAGCCCUUCAGUCUUUCAGUAAUUACGAUUUUUAUAUCUUAGAUACUUUGAUUCAAAUGAAUCAAACCCAAAAAAUGAUCAUCCUGAUGUUAGUAAAUCUGUAAUACAUGCGCUGCUCCGCUUUCUCAGUGUAAACAUUUCAUAAGAGAUGUUGAUCUUUAGAGAACAGGGAAUCCCUGCUUCUGGGAGUAGCAAUGAAAUAUUCUGUUAAACAGAGCAAGGUACUGAUUACUGUCAGCACGUAGCGGCCAGGUGGAAAUAUAGACAGCAAAGAUAAGCUUUUCACUUGCAGUAUAUUGCAAAGACACGCCAUUAAGGGGCAGACCCUGGAUCAACCAUGGAUCUACAGUUCUUGGAGUAACCACAAGCCAUUAUGUUGUUUAGGCUCCAGCACUGAAGAACUGAAGCUAUUUAAGACUAUAAAUUUCAGCUGUUUUGCAACUUUUUUGUAUUGUGUGUAAUUUUAUCCUGGUUUUUGAUUUUACCUGUAAUAUUUGGUGGUAAAAAACAAUAAUGCAUCAAUGAAAUUCAGAAGUGAAGGCUGAUCACUUUGUGCAGUGAUUUGUAAGUAGCACGCAACAGACUGCAGGAUUGCCAAGAACUUACUGUAGAAAUGUGUUUAUUUUGUUACAAACUAUUUGUUAAAGUAUAAAAUACAAAUAUACUUUAU